AUGGAAUUCCACUAUUCCGAAGUCUGUAUGCCGUCAGAUCAAUUAAUGAAUGACCAAUAUCACCCUGAAUAUUCACAACCAUAUAUAUUAAGAAAUGAAGAGGCUGAAUAUGAAAUCCGUAGCACUGUGCUUGUUGAUGGGGGAGAUCAUUAUGGAGUUUCCUCCGUAGUUUUUGAUAAAUUUGAAGAAUUAGUAUGGAUGGGGAAUCAAGGGGGUCAUGUAACAUCAUACUAUGGACCAACCAUGCAGAAAUAUACAUCAUUCCAAAUCCAUGCAAAUGAAGAAGUAAGAGACAUUUUGACAGUGGAUGCUGGUAUCUACUGCCUUACUAAAUCUACAUUACGUCAUCAAAUAAGAAGGGGUAUACCAAGACACACACAUAAAUCAGCUAAUAUGACAGACAUGCAGUGCCUAUUUCAAGUAAAUUCACAUAAAUUUUUGAUGGGAGGGCAUCAGGACAAACUUUUAGAAUUAGAUCUUAACAAAAUGGCAGAAACUGUAAUUAAAGUUCCAGAAGAUGGUUGCGCGGUACUCCGUAGUGGGGGUGGUUCGUUGGUAGCUUGUGGCAGUGCAAAUGGGAUGGUCGCAUUGAGAGAUAUAAGGAGCCCUGGAAAAGCAGAGCAUACGUUUAGAGCACAUACUGCAUGUUUAUCCGAUCUGGAUAUGCAGGGCGAUCAGCUGAUUACAUGUGGAUUUACACAAUCCGGCACAGUCCCGGUACCAGAGAACUACAUAUUAGUGUGGGACGUGCGCCGCAUGGCGGGCACGCCGUGGUCGCUGCCCGCCGCGUCGCCGCUGCUGCUGCACUUCCUGCCCGCGGUGUCGGGGCGCGCCGUGGCCGUGGCCGGCGACGGCCGCGUCACGCUGCUGCGCGUCAACGAGACGCACGCGGCCGAGUGUCAGAGCGUGUUUCAGGUGGACACACAUAGUGCACAAUGCAGUGUAAUGGAUGUAUCGUCAACGAGCCAAGCUUUAGUGUUUGGGGACCAGUCGGGUCAUCUUCAUCUCUUCUCAGCACAGCAUAAUCAUGAGCCUGUGUUUAAUAAUUUUUCAAGAGUGACGGAAUUCGCCGAUCCCCCACCAAGUCUGCCGUAUGCGAGUUUCAACGACACUACCUUUUCCUUCUCUACCAUCCCAUUGCCGCCGCUACAGAGCGACAAGUGGUUCAACGAACUGCCUGCUGAGUUCUUUAAGAAGGUUUACAGAAAACCGAGGCCAAUCGAUCCUGAAGUACUAAAAACAAUGAAGAUGCAAGGUCCCAUCGGAUACGCUCCCAAUCCUAGAACACAUUUACGUAACCAGAAACCGUAUAUCGAUGACAAUCUUGAAGAUUUACUUGACGACAAGAAAAAUGAAUCUAAAUCCAGUAUGCAACCCAUUCCAAAGGAAUACUUGAAGAUUGACCUCCGGUAUAAUAAGCAUGGGCCCAAUGAAGAAAUAGAAGCGAUGAACAAAACCGGUAUGCCGGGACUUGAAGCCACUCUGCCCAACUCUUAUUGCAAUGCUAUGUUACAGGUUCUAUAUCACAUUCCACCUCUUAAAACCACCUUGUUGGCACACACUUGUGCUAAGGAGUUUUGUCUUAGCUGUGAGCUCGGUUUCCUAUUCCGCAUGCUGGACACGUCCCGCGGCGCGCCGUGCCAGGCCGGCAACUUCCUGCGCGCCUUCCGCACCGUGCCCGAGGCCGCCGCGCUCGGCCUGCUGCUGCCCGAGCGCGACGCGCGCGCCGACCUCGCCGCGCUCGCGCAGAGCUGGAACAGAUUCAUCCUCCACCAAAUACAUUCAGAAAUACUCGAAACUAGGAAAAAAGAGAAGGAAUUAACUUUUAUAACUCAGAAAAUAACCCCGCCCAGUCCGUUUGUGAAUGUAAACAAUAAGAACGGCCCGUACGAGGAGUAUAGGUUUACGGAGCUGGAGUUCUUGGGGCCUCCCGAAUAUGAUGAAGAUGGAGAGGAACUGAGGAAUAGCAAGGUUGAAGUGCCACCUAAAAUGCAACCAGCAGAAACGAAUCACGUACAAAACAACGAGAACCAUGACACAACAAAAAAACAUAAAGACGAUAAGGAGGAGUCCGAGAUAUCUCAGCUGUUCGCGAUCGGUCGGCAGCAAGUUAAUAAAUGCACUAAAUGUAAUAAGGAGGAAGAGCGUGAAAGCGCAGUGCUGGCGUGCGCGCUGGCGGAGUGGCGGGAGGGGUUCGCGGAGGCGCUGCGCCUGGCGCUGGCGGCGCGCCGCGCCACGCCCGCCUGGUGCGAGCACUGCGCGCGCUUCACGCACACGCUGCAGCGCGGCCGCGUGCUCAGAUUACCUCCAAUACUGGCAAUUAAUUGCGGUACAACAGCUCACGAAAAGGCGCAUUGGACAAAAGGUGUUCAAAAAGAUAUGCCAGAAACAUCAAAAAGAGGUGGUAGUGGCAAGCCGUGCAGGUACGGGCUGCACUGCGCUCGGCCCGGCUGCCGGUUUAAACAUCCUGAAAGGCCAAUGUCAUCUCCUCAGUCGAAUUCCGUGAAGAAUUCUCCACAAGAGAACAAUUAUGUUCUGCCACAUCAGUUGAGUAUACGGCUGCAAACCGACGGCGAGGUUAUUAUUAAUGAAAAGACUGAUCAACCGGAACUGAGAGACAAGCAGAAGAAGAAAAAAGAAGUGACCAAGAGCGAAGAAGAAUACACGUUGACCUCCGUAGUGCUGUGCGUGGAGGACAACCCGCGCAACCUGGUGGCGUACGUGCGCGUGCCCGGCGCGGACGGCGCCCGCUGGUUCCUGUUCAACGAUCUGUGCAUAGCGCCGGUGAGCGCGGCGGAGGUGCAGUGCGGCGCGUGGUGGAAGAGCCCGUGCGUGGUGUUCUACGCCGCCUCCGCCUCG